AGCUGUGGUUUGUUUCUUCUGUCCCUUUUUGCAUGCUGCUGCUUAUGUGCUGGUGGCAGGGAUUAUGAGUCGAUGCUGCUUAGUUGAAGUGAUAACAGUGAUAGAAAUCCAAUCAGUGCCGAACUCAGCAAUGCCUCAUUUAACUGAUCGACCUUAUUACAAGGUUCAAACACAAGUGGAAAACCCAACUAGGUACCAUAUACAGCAAGCACAGAGACACCAAAUUAAGGAGUAUCUGACUCUUGACACCAAGUUGCCCAAUCAAACCCUAACAUUGACUCAUCCACAAGCCACAGGUGUCACACAUAUGGUACAGAAUGGACAUGUGCCUCCUGACAAUGAGAUUGAGAUCACAGAAAAUCCAAUCACCAGGUUGCUAGCUCUUGGGAAGGAUCAUAAAAAUGUGAUGGAUGAUGUUUUUGAGAACAUAAUCAGCAUGGAAUCAAGUUUUAAUGAUAAAGGAACAGAUUGUCCAGAAGCUCCACUCCUAAUGCAAAGGACGUUAUCUGGAAGCAUCUUGGAUGUGUACAACGGUGACCAGGGGAUUGCACCAGUUAAUACGGGGCUUACUAAUGCCUCCUGUCCAGGAAGUCUACCUGUGAAAAGGGAAACCCCAGAAACAGAUACUCGGGCUCUAGCAAAAGAGAGGCAAAAAAAGGACAAUCACAAUCUCAUUGAAAGAAGAAGAAGGUACAAUAUUAAUUACCGAAUCAAGGAGCUUGGCACUCUUAUUCCAAAGUCUAAUGAUCCUGAUAUGCGCUGGAACAAAGGAACUAUUUUAAAAGCAUCAGUGGAGUACAUCAAGUGGCUACAAAAAGAACAACAGAGAGCCCGAGAAUUAGAACACAGGCAGAAGAAAUUAGAGCUGGUUAACCGACAGCUUCUACUUCGAAUUCAGGAACUGGAAAUACAGGCUCAGGCACAUGGCCUGCCAAUCAUAUCUUCACACAGUGCAAUUGAUUUGGCUGCCCAUACCACCAAUCAUCAUACGUAUACAGAGGAUAAAUCAGGAGAUUAUUCCCAAGAACUGACUCUGGCUCAGGGAUCAAGAUCUGACCUCUGCGAUGGAUCUAUGGCUUUUUCUUAUCCCUUGUCACACUUUACUGAUUUAUCAUUUAGUGCUGCCUUGAAAGAAGAACAAAGAUUGGAUCAUAUAUUACUGGAUGAUUCAAUAUCUCCAUUUGGAACAGAUCCUCUGCUAUCUGCAACUUCACCUACAGUAUCCAAAGAGAGCAGUAGGAGAAGUAGUUUUAGUACAGAUGAUGAAGAUGAGCUAUAAGAAACAAACAGACCAAAAAAACUGAACAAACCCAAUCUUCACAUUGGGAAGAAAUUCUCUGCUGGUGCUAUGCAAUUUUGCUCUGAGCCUGGUAUAUUGCUGAGGCUUAAUUUUUGUAAGAGAGUAAAUUGUUCAUGGCAAACUGAGUUUUGAGGAGUGUUGCAGCUAAGGAAGAGACUGCUUGAAGAUGCAAAAUUAAGUUGGAGAAAUAUUUUUGGCUAAAGUUACCUGAUUUGCAUGGAUACUUCUUUCUGUGUGCAGUUUUCAACCAAUAUUGAAAUGGUUCCCAGGAAGUGUGAAAAUCAUAUGUAAAAAAUAAACACAGAAUAUAGACUUCUACUUUGGAGUUAGCCCUGCACUGAAAUUUGAAAGUAGAAACUGAACUAAGUGCUUAUGGACAGAAUCAAUUACAGUCAAUGAAAACUACAAACCUCUACUUAGUCAUUGAUUUCAGUUUUGUCCAUUCUCCAACAUUAAAAAAAAAAAAAUCAGUUUAUGAGCAACAAGAUUGACAGAUUUAUGGUUCAUUGGCUCCCCCUUGCCCUCUGGUGGACAUGCUAAUGAGAACCCACAGCCAAAUGGAGGCAUAUUACAAAAUGGAACAUCUGCCCCUGGAUAAUUAGAAUUAAAUCUACAAUAAACACUGGAUAUUUUCCAAAGCACAGUGCUGAAAAUUUCCAAGCACUUUAACAAGUUGUCCUUAAUUUUUCUAGCCAUUUUUCUCUUCAUUUGCUCUUAAAACCUUACAGUUUAGUUAAUGAUAAAUGUAUUAGGCUAGAACAAAGAACUUGAUACAUCAUUUUCCCAUUCUACUACUCAUAUCAAAGUAAGCUUAUAUUGCAUCAUCUCUAAAAGGACUGCCUCAAAAAAUCCUCAUCUAAAACUGAUGCC